CCCUUAAAUCGCGUUGUAGGUACAACAGCCGCUACGGCACAGUUUGUGAGCAUCGCAUGAACAAAAACAAGCAAAUACAAAAGUUCCCACAAUUAUCAUUCACAUACAUACAGCGCAAACCUGCAGUACUACUGGCAGUGGUUCGUCUGGAAGGCAAAAGUACGCUAAAAGCGUUGUUAGUGACCGGUGCUGUGCACGUCGAUCUUGAUUAUGUAGAAAAUCAUCAUUUCUCAGUGCCUGAAGAGCCGUAAAUGAACGAGGAAAAAACGGCAUAUUUUUGAAAAGCAGAUGGAAAGGCUUACUAUAUGUGUUUACGGUCCACCGACACCACCUCAUAUAAGAUUCCAGAUAAUCUAUCCAAUGCCAUCGUCAUCCUGUUCGCUACUUAACAUAAAACAAUGAGUAGGGUUAUUGAAUGUAUUAAAUGUGCCUGCGGCUGCAAAGAUCUGCCUAAAGAUCGCAUUAAAGAACUUCUGUGUAAGAAAAUCCACGGUUUCCUCAACGAUGACGAUGCUGUGGAAAUGUUUUCAAAGUUCAUUCCAAACGAUUCACGCACCCAUAAGUACAUCGCAAUAGUCAAGCAGGCUAAAGCGUAUCAGCGCGCAGAAAUAGAUACGAAUUCCGACGAAUGGGAGGAGUUUGUGGAAGACCUAGAAGAGCAGUUCGAGGAUGAAUUCAAGACAAACUCAGAUACUAAUGCGGUCCUAGAAAGGAUUGUUUUCGAGUACAGUAAAAAAGUUGAAAUAUCGGUGGAUUAUGCAAAUUACACUCGAAAUUUGAAACAGAAAUAUAACAAAUUCAGAUCUGUGUGAACUAUAUACAGCAACUAAAUAUAAAUGUAAAUACUAACUAAAAUAAACUAAAGAAUGGUAAA